UUUGUAUUCGGUACUGUGCGACUGCGAACACAACGACAGCUCGUUGAUUUUUAGAGUCCGAAAUUUGACCCGAGGGCCCGCUCGAUGCUGUACAGAACGCGCUUUUGAUUACGUCGCGUCACGUCUCGUGAUUCGGGUCAUCGCCUAGACUCGUACCGUGCAGUAGCUGUAGAGCUCUUGACCCCCCCUGGACAUGUUGUGCUACUACCGUACUACAAACAGUCAGUGGUGUCGAAAUCUCGGAUCUAGCGAGUACCCAUCUGGAUCCCAGCUCACAAGUCACUGAGCGAUUUCGUCGCUGCUCAAGAUGUCAGGAGCAACCGCAGAGCAAGAGAAGAAGGCGCAGGAUAGAUUGGCGAAAUGGAUCGAUCUCGAGCACAAGAUCGUGACCUACAGGGAAGUGUCUAGAGAAGUCGGAGUGAACAUCAAUACCGCCAAGAAUAUGCUCGUCCGAUACCUCAAGGCCAACCCGACGACCUUCCCUACAUAUAUCUUGACCGGAACUUACCUUCCUACAAGGAGCCGAAGUUCUACUCCUGUGCCGACUUCCGAUGAAAAGAUUGAAACCCCUAGCACCCCAACCCCCACUAGCACGCCGAUGGACGUCGAUGAGACCACGCCUAAAGCCGUCAAGGGUGAACGUGACGGGCCGACGAUCGACCCCGAUGAGAUCAAGCCGGAAAUCACCAAGUUGAAGUCGAGGAAGGAUGACCCGUACCCGGUCCAUUGUGAGGAUGUCGAGCGAAAGGGGAUGCUGCUGGUAGGCGGGAAAGAAACGCUCGAGAGUAAGCUCGAACUGUUCGUGCCGAGCACUAUUAAGGUCCAGAUCUACUCCUUGUCUCCUUCUCAGAUCAGUGAUCCAGCCCAGUACUUGCCCCCCACAUUGAGAUUGCGUCAACGAGAGAACUACAACGAUCCCGAAGUCAUUGGCAGCGUGACGGGCAGGUUUGAAAUGACUACGAUCGAAAAGCCCGGUGAAAGCUCCAAGUCUGCUGCAAAAUCCGUCGCAUCGAAAACGAAACCGACCACCUCAGCUUCCGUUGCUACCAAGGCGAGCGCUCCAAAGGCGAUCUUUGGCAGCAAGACCAAGUCCCGUGAGGAUAGUGAGAAACCUGAAGAACCUGUCAAAGAAAAGCCUGCCAAGACCGUUAGGAAGAAGAAGGUUCGUUCGGAAAGUCCAUCCGAGACCGAAACCGAGAAGCCCGAGAUGGUUAAAGGCAAAGGGAAGACCACGACCAUGCCUGUCAACAAAUCAGCCGAACCUUUACAGAAGGUAAAUGACGAGCAGGCAGAGCAGAUGAUCAUGGAUUCGUUUUGGGAUGACGAGGCCGCGGGCAUCCCGAGCAGUGAUGCGAUGGUAGCAGAAGAGGAUCACGUGGCUGGAGAAGAUACGUCGGCCAAAGUAUCCGGGAAGGGAAUGCAGGGCUCAAGACCGACUAUACCUCAGAAACGGAGUUCUACAGCUGUCAGCCAGACUGAUCGCGAAACUACGCCUACGCCAUCUGGGAGCAAAGGGGGGUCGUCGGGCAGGAUCAGGAAGAAAAGAAGGGUUGUUCGUUCGGAGACCAAGAUGAAUGACAAAGGGUAUAUCGUUACCGAAGAUGUUUCUGGAGAGGAAUCGUACUCGUCGGAUGGAGGCACACCGCAGCCACCCAAAAAAGCGAAAAAGGCGGCUCCCAAGCUGACCAAGUCGACCUCAACUACAUCGCUCAAAUCGGAACCUCCGGCAAAACCCAAGACCACCGGGUCCUCAUCGGCGGCUGCCAGCAAGCCGGCGGCAGCGGCCAAGCCGAAGAAGAAGGGGCAACAGACCCUGGCUGGGUUCUUCAAGAAGGCCUAGUGUCCCGACAUGGUGCUAAUCAACCAUGUUCUGUCGAUCUGUCGAUUUGUUUACUUUGUCGAGAUGAAUCAUGCCUCUUUGCGCGAACGUUCCGCGACGCCAUAGAGCAUGGAAUGCCGUAAGCGUUGCUGCUUCUCCCCUAGCCCUCCACCUUCGCCCUCUCGUUCGGGAUCACCUGCCACGUCGAUAUAUCCCGACAAAGGGGGGUUGUCAUCCCGUCGAGACCUUUUAUGC